AGGAUGGCGAGGCCCUUGAAGGGCUGAACGCGGAGGAAGAGGAAGAAGAAGAGGAAGACAUUUUACCGCCGGAUGUGAUGCCUCUGCCAACGCAGUACCGUUCCUUUAAGCCCAACCUUACUCCCGAGGAGGGAGAAAAAAUGAGUUUACUUUUAGAAUCAUUCUCGGAGGAACAAAUGAGUAGGUACGAAUCGUAUCGACGAGCUGGUUUUCCACGUGCGGCUAUGAAACGUGUCAUGCAGCAAAUUACGGGGAGCAUAGUUCCGCCUACCGCGGUCAUCGUCAUGUCGGGUAUAACCAAGAUCUUCUGCGGAGAAGUCGUUGAAUCAUCUAUCAAGGUACAAACGGAAUGGAAAGACAGCGGCGCACUGAGGCCGAAGCAUAUCCGAGAGGGACUACGCAGGUUGCGUAACAAUGGCGAGACGACCGUGACUGGGUUGAAGCCUUUCAAAAAGCGUAGAUUGGACUGAGGAUGUGCUACAAGGCUUAUCAUUGCAUUCGUGAUCCUGCCAGCCCAGCAGAUUGGAUGUGGAAGGUCAAAAAGCUAUUAUAUUCAAAGACGCACCUGCAUGAUCCGAAUACGCAGUCGGCGACGUGAGACGGGCGGAAUAUACACGUUUUGUGUACAAAGUUGUUCACUUCUUCAUUGUGGAAAAUCCUCUGUUUUGUAGAGUACGAGUCACUUGCGAAGGCACUCAAGCCUCACGGAUCUAAUACUUCUUGGAAUUGGUUGAGGAUCAGGUGUUGUAAGGCUCGCUGACGAUGGGGGGCCAUAGUGCAUCUCUGCUGAUGUUCCAUUCUGCGUUUUACAGCAUGCGCUAGAAGACAGCAGUCACAAACAAGGUUCUAAUUUGACCUGUGCAUGGUCAUCAAUAGAACUAGUCUGUGCAUUUCAAAGAUGCGAAAAAAUGUCUGCUCAGCCCCAGGUUUCACACCGAUGGGUGCGGCAAAGUACCAACAUCAUCAUCUCAGCUGACAUACCAACUCGUGGUCUGAGAGUCAUUCGUGCCCCUCUCAUGAGCGAAUAAGUGCCUGAUUCAACUUUGGGAUGUGAGAACGCCCUGUGGAUGUCUGAGCUUCGUAGUCCACGCUUUACAUCGUAAUGUAGUCUGCAAACCCUUGAACUAAGCUCAAAGCGCUCGUUAUCGAAGCGCAGCGUGCUUUAUAAGCGCAGUGUGCGCAGUUUGAGCAUACUGAAGUCAUCAGCACUUACGAUAGAGUACGCUACAAGACGAUCCAACGAAUCAUACCUUGUCUUAUCUACGAAGUACACACACAUGAACCAAUCAUGGAAGGCCAUGGUUACCGUUGCUAGGGUAGUAUUGAAUAUAUAUAUUAAAAACCC